AUGGUCUCUUUUCAAGCACUCCCAUCUCCAAAUGGGAGAAAGACGUCAAUCCCAGAGCUUGAUGAUUCAUCAAAGAAGAGAAAGUGGGAAGAGCCGUUAACUGAAGGGAUUCUCGAGAAAAGAUUAAAACCAGAAAGCACAAAAUCCUUCUUUGAAAUCGAGCUGCACCUCGAGACUCCAUUACCUUUGGAGUGGCAAAGAUGCCUCGAUAUUCAGUCAGGGCAGAUUUACUUCUAUAAUACAAGGACCCAUAAGAGAACAUCAAGAGAUCCAAGAAGAAGCCCCGAGCCACCAAGUCCUGAUCAUCAUAUGAGCUUAGACCUUGAGCUAAACCUACCAUAUGAUCAAUCACGAAGGAAAAACUAUGCAAACGACCGUAUUACAAAGCACAAUUCUGGUGGGUCCAAUAUCCCUGGUUUGGGUGAUUUGUUCAAGGAUUCUAGCAGAGAUAAUGAGAGUUCAGGAGGACUAACACGACGUCCUCUCCUGCCUGCCCUAACUGCAAAUUCCUGCAUCCACCAGACCAAAGCCCUCCUAAACUAUUCAAGCAAAGGCUUAGCCUCUUAUGCUAGUGAUCAGGGCGAACAAGUUCCAAACCAAGUUUCAAGUUUGAGGAUGCUGUCUAUCCAGUAA